UGUCCUUUCCUCGGGAAUUGAGCGUCUCUCGGUUGGUAUGGCCGAACUUUCCAGAAUUUGACUGACAUUUCUGGAAUUUUUUCUAACCACACUUUUGUGCCCAGUGAAGUAAAAAAUGUCCGGAAAAAUUGACGAACUCAAAAAAGACUUGGCCGAGCUUCAAGCUCUCGAAGCUCAAGCAACGCGCCACAAAGUCAAAGACUUUUUGUCGCUGGAAGUUAGGAAAAUCUCAACGGAAAUAACUAAAUUACAAGAGCAAUUAAACACAACCACUGUUCCAACACCAGUCACUUCAACGAAUAAGCGCUAUCGCGUCAAAUUAAACAAUUACGCUUGGGAUCAAACAUCGAAAUUUGUGAAAUUCUACGUCACUUUGCCCAAAGUUCAGACCAUUCCGCCUGAAAAUGUCGUUUGCCACUUCACGAAUAAGUCGCUAGAGCUGGAAGUGAGAGAUCUCGAAAACAAAGAUUACGUCUUCACUAUUAACAAUCUUCUGGGGGCUGUUGACCCAGCGGCCAGUAAUUGGAAGAUUAAGUCAGAUAUGGUGGUAAUAAAUGCAUCAAAGGUCAAGGGGGACCCCUGGUCUCACGUGACUGAGCUUGAGAAAAAAGUAGAUGAUGCACAAAAAGCCAAAUUCAAAACUGGGGAUAAUGUGGACCCCAAUGAGGGCAUUAUGUCACUAAUGAAGAAUAUGUAUGAGACAGGCGAUGACGAAAUGAAAAGGACAAUUGCUAAAGCCUGGACUGAGAGUCAAAUGAAAUCGUCAUCCUUAUCCUAACUGGUUUUUAUUUUUUUCUAUUUUUAUUUUGAUAUUUUGGAGGAGCUUAAGUUACGUUAUUUGGCCCCCAUUUAAGAAAGGAGUAAUAAAUACAAUGUGAAGUAUUAAA